UUUCAAAACACAUUCACCAGAAGCAACACUUCUGAUGGCUUUUAUCUUAAAAUCAUUCAGUUACAAACCUCAAACCCUAGCUUUCACCUCUCAAUCACGAUGCGAAUCGCUUCUGAAAUCGAAGAAGCGGUUUAUGAUUCCGUUUGUUAACCCUAGAAAUCGCAGGUCUCGAAUCCACGCUGCUCAAUCGAACUUUUUCAGAGUGCUUCAAACAGCAUAUAAGGUCGGAAAGGAUGGAGUUGAAGCAGGGACCACUUUAGUGCCAGAGUCAGUUCCAAGACCAAUUGCUCGGAUAUCUGUGGCUGUAGUCGGGGCAGCCGUUGUACUUUUUUUCGUCAAGUCAUUCCUAUCUACAGCUUUCUUUUUUCUGGCAACAAUGGGGCUAAUUUACUCGGCCUUUAUCGCCUUCAAUAAGGAUGACGGCCCUACAACGGGCGGCAGCGACACCACCAGCAGCAGCACUGCCACCACCGCUUCAACCGAUGAGGAAACCCUUGAAGAAGCUAGAAGAAUAAUGGAAAAGUACAAAUAACUAUAUAAUUAACACUCACUAGCUUCAAGCAACAUAACUUAUAAUAGCUUUUUUAAUGUAGAUAAAUAUUGUAAAUCCCUGACCCACUUUAUAUUUGAGGUUACAUUUUUAUGGCUUCUAACUAAAUACAUAGUUUCACAGUGAGAUAUUUGAUUUUA